AGAUGCAACAUGGGCUGCAUCACAGCCUCUCGCUGUGAAUAACUCUCCGUCAGCUGCAGAAACACAACAGGACAGGUUGUAAGCUCGCAACACAGACCUGUGACCAUCUGCACCCAGCUCAUAGCAAAGCACGCACCGUGAGGGGAGAUCUCCAAAAGAUGCGGGGGCAGUCGGAAUGGGCCAUGCCGUCUCCUUGUGUCCCUGCCUUCCUGCUGCUGGUGGUGGUCGGUACUGGUGUGAGCACCCAGAAUACCUGCAUCUCCAGGGCUGAUGGUACUCUCCAGGCUCCAGUCCUGUUCCUUAACGCAUCCAGUGCUCAGGAAGGAGAAGUUGUCCUGGCUCGAUGUGUCUUUCAGAAACAGUUUCCUGCUACCCGAAUUAUCUUGUGCAAGGAUGGGUUGGAGGUGUACAGUGUGAAGGUCCAAGAGGGAAGGGCCAUGAGCUCCAUGCUGCUGAACAUCACUGAGAGAAGUGCGGGGACAUACACAUGUUUCUACCAGCAGAGGAGCACGAAAAACACGCUGAGGAGCUCUCCCCUCAGCCCUCCCUUGGACCUGCAGGUCACAGCAAGGGAUGCCAUAGAGAGAGGAUGGCUCUGGAAGGGUCACCUGGUCUUCAUCCCAUGGUGCAGAACUGGGGCUCUGCAGUGCCCAGGCACAGAAAGCAAGGGCACAGGAUGGCCAUGGACUCUUUACAGCCUGGGCCACGUGUCUGAUUCCACAGGAGGGACAGCGCCCACAGACCCUGACAUCCAGUGGGACUCCACAGUCACUGUGGUGGCAUCGAUGACUGUCACCCUCCUUCUUUCUGCAGCCACCUUCUGGACCAUCAAGAAAGGUGCCUGCAGGGAGAGAUGCCGAAGGCAGCAGCACGUUCCCAGCCAGCAAAUGGAAGCCACCGACUACGGAGAAAUACAGUAUGCCACCGUUGUCCACUUUCAAAGGGACAAGAAAAACGGCAAAUCAUGAGAUACUUUUUCUAGCCACAAAUCACGCUUUCCUCUCUGAUUUCUGCAAACGCUUCCCCUUGUUGUGCAGAACUGCAGCCCCUUUUUGCUGCUGCCAAAAUUGUGUGGUUUAUCCUCAGAAGCUCCAUAAAUCGUUCUAUCCGAAGAGCUGGAAGAACAUAUUUGAGUGUUUUAAAAAGUGUGGAGGGGGAAAAUCUCACCAACAAUGAUGAAGAAGAAAGAGGCCAUCUAGCAAGCAAGUGCUGCCCCAAAUCUGCUCUUAUUUUUUGCUAACUGUCUCCUGCCUGCUUCUCCAAUGUGCGCAGCUCCUUCUGGUGCAACUGGAGCCUCCUUGUGCAGGACUUGCAGCUGCAGCCGUAAUAACAGGGCUUUCUUUUCCCCUUCAAGACUCCUGUGAAGCAGAAGACCAACUGCAGAGCCCAAUAGGCUGCAGUGUGGGAAGGGCACUGGGAUUGGGUUGCAGCCACUGUGUAUCCCUGAAGAGGGCUCCAGUGACAUAACAUGGGGCUCUUUGAGUUUAUGGAGUUUCCUCUCCCGUUACAUCUAGCCAAUAAGAUAAAUACCUUGUUUAUGAAUGGACCAGCUAAAAUAUCUGUAAAUAUAAGUGUUAUAUCAAAAAGGUGUAUAGAGAUGAUUCAUACAAAAACUUAAACUAUGUGAUGCAACCACGCAUGUACUCAUCUCUCCAUCCACAGAUCUGUACACACAAGAACAGAUCUGUGUGCUGUUUGAUGCAUCAUCAAGCUCACCAUGCUCUUGAAUCAGAGAAAUCAUCAAGUUAUGGACCAUGGUUUGCAUUACUGAUGUGGCUUUAGGUGGAAGAAGCUCUGAAGAUGCCCAGGCUGGAUGGGUUUUUGUACCCACUGUGAGCCGCAAGCACAAAGAUUCUGUCACAGCUCCUCUGGACAGAUGGGCGCUCUCAGGGUGCAUUCAGAGGAAAAGGAGUACACCACCAUCACCUGGGAAGUCUAAGGAAAUCUUGUGUGCCUCUGUGUCACAGAGACUGGCAUUGUUCUGUCACCACAUCAGUGACUGAUUAAACAGCAGAACAAAAGUGAAAAUGGUAGCAAUCCCCGCAGUGGGCUGCACACCCCGCUAUGGUCUUAUUCUGUAGACUGUGAAGGCUGUGCUUUCGUUUGUCAAAGGCUCCGUGUGGUUUUCAGGUUUCCCUAUCUCUUGGACAAUCUCAUGGCAGUUGCAUGAUUUCUAUGUGGAACAAAAAUUUUUUAAAAUGACAUUUUAAUUUGUUCACAAAGGUCCAGAUAAGCCUUAAAUAUUCACAGGUGUGUGUGUCUGGGCUUAUCAGAAUCAAGCUCCCUUGCGUCUCAUGGGGGCAAAUGAGUACCUCUGUGGCAGACAGAUAUUUCUUCAGGUAAGUGUCUGUAUUACGUGGAUGGAUCAAGAAAAGAUGGAAUAUUUGCACUCUGUGACACAUAGGAUCAAAAGCCAAUGAACACAGAGGCAAAUAAAAUGGCAUAUAGCUAAAAAUUCUUUACUACUGACUGCGAAAUAAAUCCCUCUUGCUUUCUAAUGCA